UGGUUGUGGUAGUAGUUUCCGGGUCUAAGCCUCCAACUCCCGUCCGUCCCCACCUCUUCCAGGCUGGGCGUGUCGGUGUCGCCGCGCGACGAGUGCUAAUAAAGUUUUUGUUUCCUUCUCUCUCUCAGGCUCCCCGACCCUCCUCAAGUACCGCGAGAUCUCGCGGUGCGGCUACCAUGGCGGCGGCGUUUGAAGCUGCAGCAACCUUAGCAGUUGAGGAGACCGCUGUUCCCGCGGAGCAUGUGGCCGCACCGGUGUCGGAGCCCACCCCCGGGCCGGUGCGGAGCCUACGGAUGGCCCACGACAUCAAUGGCCCGCGGACCCGCACGGGGGACGUGCUGCUGGCGGAGCCCGCGGACUUCGAGUCGCUGCUGCUGUCGCGGCCGGUGCUGGAGGGUCUGCGGGCGGCCGGCUUCGACCGACCCUCGCCGGUGCAGCUUAAGGCCAUCCCGCUGGGGCGCUGCGGGCUCGAUUUAAUUGUUCAAGCCAAGUCUGGCACGGGGAAAACCUGUGUAUUCUCCACCAUUGCUUUGGAUUCUCUUGUUCUUGAAAACUUAAGCACCCAGAUUUUGAUCUUGGCUCCCACGAGAGAAAUCGCUGUGCAGAUCCAUUCUGUGAUCACCACUAUCGGAGUAAAGAUGGAAGGUUUAGAGUGCCAUGUCUUCAUUGGAGGGACUCCACUAUCUCAGGACAAAACCAGACUUAAAAAGUGUCAUAUUGCUGUCGGAUCUCCUGGCAGAAUUAAACAACUGCUGGAACUUGACUGCUUGAACCCAGGCAGUAUACGCCUCUUUAUUUUGGACGAAGCAGAUAAGCUUUUAGAAGAAGGCAGCUUCCAGGAGCAAAUAAAUUGGAUUUACUCUUCCUUGCCUGCCAGUAAGCAGAUGGUGGCCGUGUCGGCUACGUACCCGGAAUUUCUGGCUAAUGCUUUGGCAAGGUACAUGAGAGACCCCACUUUUGUGAGACUGAACUCCAGUGACCCGAGUCUCCUAGGUUUGAAGCAGUACUUCGCAGUUGUCAGUUCGUACCCUUUGGCCCAUCAGAUUUUUGAGGAAAAGGCUCAGCAUCUGCAGGAACUGUUCAGCAGAAUUCCGUUUAAUCAAGCCUUAGUCUUUUCUAAUUUGCACAGCAGAGCGAAGCAUUUGGCUGACAUCCUUUCUUCGAAGGGCUUUCCCGCGGAGUGCAUUUCAGGCAACAUGAAUCAGAACCAGCGCCUUGAUGCCAUGGCCAAGCUGAAGCAGUUUCAUUGCAGAGUCCUCAUUUCCACAGACCUGACUUCCCGAGGGAUUGAUGCCGAGAAGGUGAACCUGGUCGUCAAUCUGGAUGUGCCGCUGGACUGGGAGACGUACAUGCACCGGAUCGGCAGAGCCGGUCGUUUCGGGACUUUAGGCCUGGCGGUGACCUACUGCUGCCGGGGAGAAGAGGAGAAUGUACUGAUGAAAAUUGCCCAGAAAUGUAACAUCCACCUUCUGCCUUUACCAAAAAUGCUGGUCCGGAGCAGCUCAAGAAUGUCAGUCUUUCUCUGUUCCCGUUUUGUAGACCCCAUCCCUCCGGGCCUGAUGGAAGAGGGUUUGGAUUGGGAUGUGGAGGUUACAGCGGCUGUGCAUACAUACGGCUUCGCAGGCGCGCCCAGUGAGACCCUAACAGAGCAGAUUCAGACAACGGAGCGAACCUCUCAGACCCGGAAAGCUCAUGGUAACCACGUGGCUUCGUGUAGAAAUACUUCCGUCUCUGCGCCUUCGGUCAAGUCAAAACCCACCAGCACACAGAAGCUCCCGGCGAGAAGCCACUCGGAGGGUGGACUCCGAGGAAAAGCAGCCUCGCCCCCGGCCCAGCGCCACGCUGUCCAGACGGAAGAGCAGAGGGAGAGUUCUGUUGGGACUGCCGUGGAGAACUGUGACGGUGGUCCGCACCAGGCCAAAGAGGACUUAGCGAUGUCGCUCCCCCAGAUUCCUUGUCUGUCUUCCUUUAAAACCCGCCCGCCACGCAUGCUGACCUUUGCAGAGUUGGUAGAGGAUUACGAACACUACGUUAAGGAAGGGUUAGAGAAACCUGUGGAAAUCAUCAGGCACUACACAGGUCCUGGGGAUCAGACUGCGAACCCUCAAAACGGCUUUGUGAGAAGCCGGGUUACUGACGAGAGAGCCCAGGUGUUGGCAAGUAGCAGCCCGUCUGGAGAGUCCGAGAGCGACAGCGAUUCUUACAGCUCACGGACUUCUUCCCAGAGCAAAGGGAACAAGUCGUGUGUGGGAGGCUCUUCUGAUACUCAGCGGAAAGACUCGGCGUCCCCCCCUGCGGGGGACCGGGUCUCUUUGGAGCAACCUCUGAGUGGAAAUGACGCCCCUAAUCCGGGAGGGUAUCAGGGGUCACCUGCAAUCCAGAUGAAGGCAAGGCGUGCCGAGGGGGCUACCCAGAGAGCCAAGCAGGGCCGGAGAAGCCAGGCGAGGCGGCCUUCCUAUCGGUCGCAGGCGGAACCCCAGGAGGAGGAGUGGUGUGACCGCCAGGGCGAGAGCCACACGGGUUUUCCCGGCACCUACCAGGACUACGAGGAGUACUGGAAGGCCUACUACCGGGCGUGGCACGACUACUACGCGGCUGCCUCUCAGUCCUAUUACUGGGACGCACAGAGGCAUCCGGGCUGGAUGGCGGCCUAUCACAUGAACACCGUUUAUCUGCAGGAGAUGAUGCGUGGCCACCAGUGACGCGGGCCGCGCCUGCAGGUGCCGCUGAGCGGGACCCUGGGUAACCGUCCUCUGACCUGCAGGAGGGUGGCGUGGAGGAACUUGAAACGUCUUAAGGCUUUUUGCUGAGAUACAGCUAUUUUUCAGAUUGUUUUGACCUACCACGUGUAUUACCUAUUUUUAAGAAACUUCAUGGAUCAGAUUCUUGAGGGAAGUAUUUUGGGACGAAGCUAAAGAUGCCAGGGUGCCAUCUUCUAUUAGCUGUUCCACACAGAGACAUUUGAAAAGACUUAUAUUACUUACUGCUUAGUUAAAAAAAUAAAGAGUUGAGAUUUGAAAAAUGUUUGCAUAUGCUACGGAGUUCUUUACAGAAGGCCCGGGCUGCGGGUUCGCAGGGACAUUCGUCCUCGGAGAAGCCUGUGACGCGGUGGGUCAGGAAGCCCCUGCGAGGGUUGGCAGGAGGAGCGAAUGUUGCGUCAGACCGUCCCAAAGGCACUUGAUUCGAUGCUCUUUGCUUCCAGUAAAAAAACAAACCAGCCAGAUGUGUUCACAUACUGUUCAUCUUCUGACCGUCUCGUUUUUAGGGUUAUGAACGCUGCCCACAUUGCCAUGGUGCAGCAAACAGCUAAGCUGCUGUUUUUGAUUCUCAGGAAAAGGGGCAGCUCCUAAAAGAGUUUUGGGAUCUUUUUAUGCACCUGCUGAAAGCUAUAGAUUUGUCCCAGAAAAUGUCUGUAAACAAGAACCAGAUAUAUGUUAACCCUGGGUAGGGGCUGCCCAGCCUGCUGCCGGGCUAAGGAAGGUUCUAGCUCCUUUGUUAAGUACUUGGUGGAAGCUGGAACUCCAUCUGUUCAAACUCGCCACCGCAUGUCCUAAUCUUGUGUCUUCUAGAGAUUUUUCCCCAGUUUUUACCUCUAGUACUAAGGUCCUAGGGGACAGUCGUUUUUCUGAGAUGGUGUUACCGGUAACUUGCCAUUUAGAAAAAUGUAAUCUGGAAGUUAGUUACUCUUCAUU